AUGUCUGACGAUGAAGACAUGGAGGUCGAUCACGAUGGCGAACUCGAUGAAGUGGAAGAAGGCCUUGCCAAAAUCCAACGUGAUAUUGAACAAAAUUAUCCCGAUCGCCCUCGCAACAAAGGAAAAACACUUCUCUUUCAUACAUUGUUCAAAGAUCUCUUCGAUCCACUCAUGCAGAUCAAUAAGGCGAAGAAACCUGGGCCAAAUCAACGAAAGUUAGGUCCAGAUGCUCGCUCCAACAAAACCCCCACCGAGCGAAAAAGAGCAGCCGUAGAACGGUAUAUCUCGAGAUGGCGUCGUGAUGUCGGUGAUGACUUCUACCCUGCUUUGAGGCUUAUCAUUCCCGAAAAGGAUCGAGACCGAGGCAUGUACGGCCUAAAAGAAAAAGUCCUAGGGAAACUAUGGCUCAAGCUACUACAAAUUGACAAGAAUUCAGACGAUGGUCACAAACUUCUGUAUUGGAAGCUUGGUAACAAUGAAACGACUGGUGACUUCCCCGCACGAUGUUAUGAAGUGAUAUCCAAGCGUCAGAAGCUGGUGGAAGUGGGGAAAUUGACCAUUGAAGAGGUCAACCAUAACCUGGAUAGGUUGUCUCUCGUGUCAAAGGAGAAGCAGCAAUUGGAGAUCCUGAAUGAGUUCUACAAGCAAAUGAAUGCUGAUGAGCUAGUGUGGCUGAUCAGGAUCAUACUACGACAGAUGAAGGUUGGUGCUACAGAGAAGACUUUCUUCCACAUAUGGCACCCUGAUGCCGAAACCCUUUUCAAUAUUUCCAGCAGUCUUCGUCGGGUGUGUUGGGAGCUGUAUAACCCUAACAUUCGGCUAGAGAACGAGGAAACUGAUAUCAAAGUCAUGCAAUGUUUCCAACCACAGUUUGCGCAUGGUAAUCAAAAGCAUUCCAUGGAGAUUGGGCUCGACAAAUUACGACGCGGAAAUCCCGAACAAGAAUUUUGGAUCGAAGAAAAGUUGGAUGGUGAACGUAUACAGUUACAUAUGACCACUGAUGAGAACGCGCCUGGAGAGAGGAACUUCAAAUUCUGGUCACGCAAGGCCAAAGACUAUACGCAUCUUUAUGGCAAGGAUUUAAACGACAAGGAGGGGUCGCUGACACAGUUUCUCAAAGAUGCCUUUCCUGAUGACGUUGAGAGUAUCAUUCUGGAUGGUGAGAUGAUAACAUGGGACAUGCAAAAUGACACGUUUGUGCCAUUUGGAGCUCUAAAGACUGCUGCAAUAUCUGAGUCACGCAAUCCUUACGCUGGAGGCAAUCGGCCGCUCCUCCGUGUUUUUGACAUACUUUUUCUGAAUGGCGUUCCCUUGACGCGAUAUCAAUUGCAAGAACGGAGAAAGGCUUUGGAGAGAAGUGUCAAAAAUGUGCACCGUCGGCUUGAGAUACUUGAACAUACGAUUGGCACUUCUGUUGCCGACGUCGAGGAAAGAUUGCGGGAUGUUAUCUUGAGAUCUUCCGAAGGUCUAGUCUUGAAAAAUCCACUUUCUGCCUAUCGACUCGAUGAUCGGAAUGAUGACUGGCAGAAGGUCAAACCCGAAUAUAUGGAAGAAUGGGGCGAGCAACUUGAUUGUUUAGUAAUUGGUGGGUUCUACGGCUCAGGACAUCGAGGUGGAAAUAUAUCGAGCUUCUUGUGCGGGCUUCGUGCUCCUCGAAAAUCCAAUCGUGGCAGCCGAUCACAAACACAAAGCCAGUCCCAGAGGGCAAGUCAAUCGCAAAGCCAGUCCCAAUCGCAAAGUCAAUCGCAAUCGGACCUCCCCCCUUAUGUGUUUGUCUCUUUCUUCAAAGUUGGUGGUGGGAUGACACGUAACGACUAUGCUACCAUUAAGCACGAGACCGACGGGAAAUGGCAUGACUGGGAUGCCAAACACCCACCUACUACAUACAUUGAUCUUGGGGGCCCAGCCACAGCAGCCCGUGAACGACCUGAUGUUUGGAUCAAACCCGAGGAUUCAAUAGUAUUAGAAGUCAAGGCUGCCGAAGUUACACCUAGUGAUGAUUAUGGUGCAGGACUUACACUACGGUUUCCACGGUUUACGAGGCUGAGAAGAGACAAAGACUGGGAAACGGCAUUGUCUUUUGAUGAAAUGCUAGAUGCCCGCAAUGAUGUUAACAGGAAGAAGAAAGACAAAGGGAUGAGCGUUGACAAUAAGAAGCAGAUAACGCGCAAGACGGCUCCACGCAAGAAGGCGCUUACGGUCGCAGGGUACCAAGAGAGGGAUGUGAAGAAUGUUGCACAGCCGCAUGGCCCUAAAGGUGAGGUAUUUGGAGGCCUGACGUUCUACAUCAUGAGCGAGUCCGGCCUCAGUAAUUUCCAGAAGAAAACAAAGUUGGAGCUGGAAGCACUGGUCAGCGCCAAUGCGGGAAAGAUUGUGCAGACUCACGCGGCAGUGGAAGACACCAUCUGCGUUGCAUCACGCAGAACGGUACCGGUAGCGAGCUUGAUCAAGACGGGGAGAAAGGAAAUCAUCAAGCCAAUCUGGAUCUUCGAUUGCAUUGAGCAAGCUAGGCGAGAUUUUGCCAGGGGACUGCCAGAGAUGGUAGUACCAUACGAAGCCGAUCGACAUUUAUUCUUUGUACCCGAAAGUCUCCUAGGCACGUGGGACGACAACACGGACGAGUUUGGGGACCCGUAUGCUCGAGAUGUGACGGUGGAAGAGCUCAGCGAACGCAUGUCGACGAUGCAAAAUCCGGGCCAGUCUGGGGCUAGCGGGAAAGAGUUGGUUCCCACACUGUUUCCAGAUUUCAUGCAGAUGCGAGGAACCAUGUUUCACAACUUGGUGCUUCACCUCGUUUCGAUGACAGAAUCAUCGAUGCACGCGGACAUGCUUUCACUGCGCAAUAUGAUUGUUUUUGCUGGGGGCGAAGUCUCGGAAACACUCAACCGCAACGUCACCCAUGUUGUGGUGCAGCCCCAUGCGGACGUUGCCGGCGUGAGAAAAGAAAUUUCGACAUGGAAGGGCAAAAUCCCACGGGUGGUGAGCGGCGAGUGGGUACAUGAUUGCUGGGAAGAAAGCACGAGAGUCGACGAGGAGAGAUUUCCGGUGCUUUGA